CCGACGUUUCCAUGGCGACCGAGGCCGGGCCCGCGCGGCCUCCCGGUGUUGCCAUGGAGACCGCUCCCGGGCUAGGGCUCCCGAGCCUCGGCGCUGAGCUGUCUCAGAACCCCGCCGAGCCGCUGUGCGAGGCCGGUACUGCGGUAGCGGCGGCACGCUGGGACCUGAGGAAAUACUCUCUGCUCAUCGUGAUCGGCGACAUCUGCACAGAGAGUCAGCUGAGGGCCGUGCGGGCCCACCUUGAACAAGGGAUUCUCUCUUGGAACAUUGACUUAUCAUCUUUUGAUUUGAACCAACAGUUGAGACUCUUCAUUACCCGGCACCUAGCUCACUUCUCAGAGGUCAAAGGCCAGAGGACCCUCUGCCACCAGAGUGAGAUCCUAGAGACCAUCAUUCUAGUCAACCCAAGUGCAGAAAGCAUCAGCUCUGAGGUUCACCAUCUUCUUAGUAGUUCAUCAGCUCACAAACUACUGAUCUUGAGUGGACAAAGUUUAGAGCCUGGGGGAGAUCUUAUCCUACAGAGUGGUACCUACUCCUAUCAAAAUUUUUCCCAGGUCCUUCACAACCCAGAGAUUGCCCAACUGCUCAGCAAUAGAGACCCUGGGAUCCAGGCCUUCCUCACUGUUUCCUGCUUAGGGGAGGGUGAUUGGAGCCACCUGGGACUGUCCAGUUCCCAGGAGACCUUGCACCUCCAGCUAAACCCUGAGCCUGUGCUACCCACCAUGGAUGGUGUGGCUGAGUUCUCCGAAUAUGUCUCUGAGACUGUGGAUGUGCCAUCCCCCUUUGACCUGCUUGAACCCCCCACCUCAGGAGGCUUCCUCAAGCUCUCCAAGCCUUGCUGCUACAUCUUCCCCGGUGGCCGUGGGGACUCUGCUCUCUUUGCUGUCAAUGGUUUCAACAUUCUAGUGGAUGGUGGUUCUGAUCGCAAGUCUUGCUUCUGGAAGCUGGUAAGGCAUCUGGACCGCAUCGACUCGGUGCUGCUCACACACAUUGGGGCUGACAAUCUGCCAGGCAUCAAUGGACUCCUGCAGCGCAAAGUGGCAGAGCUAGAGGAGGAGCAGUCUCAGGGUUCCAGCAGCUACAGCGACUGGGUGAAGAACCUCAUCUCCCCUGAGCUUGGAGUCGUGUUCUUCAAUGUACCUGAUAAGCUCCGGCUGCCUGAUGCCUCCCGGAAGGCCAAGCGCAGCAUUGAGGAGGCCUGCCUCACUCUUCAGCACCUAAACCGCUUGGGCAUCCAGGCUGAACCUCUGUAUCGUGUGGUCAGCAACACCAUCGAGCCACUAACCCUCUUCCACAAAAUGGGUGUGGGUCGGCUGGACAUGUAUGUCCUCAACCCUGUUAAGGACAGCAAAGAGAUGCAGUUCCUCAUGCAGAAGUGGGCAGGCAAUAGUAAAGCCAAGACUGGCAUUGUACUGGCCAAUGGGAAGGAGGCUGAGAUCUCUGUGCCCUACUUGACCUCUAUUACUGCUCUGGUAGUCUGGCUCCCAGCCAACCCUACUGAGAAGAUUGUGCGUGUGCUUUUUCCAGGAAAUGCUCCCCAGAACAAGAUUUUGGAGGGCCUGGAAAAGCUUCGGCAUCUGGACUUUCUACGCUAUCCUGUGGCUACACAGAAGGACCUGGCUGCUGGGGCUGUGCCUGCCAACCUGAAGCCCAGCAAAAUCAAACAGCGGGCUGACAGCAAGGAGAGCCUGAAAGCUGCUCCCAAGACAGCAGUGAGCAAGCUAGCCAAACGAGAGGAAGUGGCAGAAGAGGGAGCCAAGGAAGCACGCUCAGAGCUGGCCAAGGAGCUAGCCAAGACAGAGAAGAAGGCAAGGGAGCCCGCUGAGAAACCCCCAGAGAAACCUGCCAAGCCUGAAAGAGUGAGGACAGAAUCAAGUGAGGCCCUGAAGGCAGAGAAGCGAAGGCUGAUCAAGGACAAGGUGGGGAAGAAACACCUGAAAGAAAAGAUAUCAAAGCUGGAAGAGAAAAAAGACAAAGAGAAAAAAGAGAUCAAGAAGGAAAGGAAGGAGCUGAAGAAGGAGGAAGGAAGGAAGGAGGAGAAAAAGGAUGCCAAGAAGGAUGAGAAGAGGAGAGAUGCCAAACCUGAAGCCAAGAAAGUUUCCAAACCAGACCUGAAGCCCUUCACCCCUGAGGUCCGCAAGACCCUCUAUAAAGCCAAGGCCCCUGGAAGAAUCAAGACAGACAAGGGCCGGGCUUCUCGUGGGGAAAAGGAGUUGACAUCUGAGCCCCAGACACCCCCAGCCCAGAAGGGGGCUGUACCACUUGCAGCUGUCAGUGGUCACAAAGAGUUGGCCUUGUCCUCACCAGAGGACCUCACACAGGACUUUGAGGAGUUGAAGUGUGAGGAGAGGGGUUUGCUGGCUGAACAAAGGGACACAGGACUUGGAGAGAAGCCAUUCCCCAUAGACACUACAGAGGAGGGACCCCCAAGCACAGCUAUCCAGGGAACACAACCCUCUGUCCCAGGACUGGAACAAGAACAUGUGAUGAGAGAGAAAGAGCCUGUCCAAGACAUCCCUGAAGAUAAACGGAGCAAGGUCAGAGGCCAAGACUCAGGGGCUGAGACAGAGGAAGAGAAAGAUACUUGGGAGGAAAAGAAGCAGAGUGAAGCAGAGAAGCACCCAGAAAGAGCUGAAGCCAGAGAGGAAAGUGAACCUGAGGUAAAGGAGGAUGUGAUAGAAAAGGCUGAGUUAGAAGAAAUGGAGGAGGUACACCCUUCAGAGGAGGAGGAGGAGGAGGAGGAGGAGGAGGAGGAGGAAGAAACAAAGGCUGAGAGUUUUUAUCAGAAACAUAAGCAAGAAGCCUUAAAGGUAAUUCCAAAGGGCAGGGAGGCUCUUGGGGGCCGGGAACUGGGAUUCCAGGGCAAGGCCCCUGAGAAGGAGACCUCAUCAUUCCUAAGCAGCCUGGCCACACCUGCAGGAGCCACGGAGCAUGUCUCUUACAUUCAGGAUGAGACAAUUCCUGGCUACUCAGAGACUGAGCAGACUAUCUCAGAUGAGGAGAUCCAUGAUGAGCCAGAGGAACGCCCAGCUCCACCCAGAUUUCCUACAAGUACCUAUGACCUCUCUGGGCCUGAAGGUCCUGGCCCCUUUGAAGCCAGCCAGCCUGUGGACAGUGCUGUUCCUGCCACCUCAAGCAAAAGUUAUGGAGCCCCUGAGACUGAACUCACCUAUCCUCCCAACAUGGUGGCUGCACCUUUGGCUGAAGAGGAACAUGUGUCUUCAGCCACCUCAAUCACUGAGUGUGACAAGCUCUCUUCCUUUGCCACAUCAGUGGCUGAGGACCAGUCUGUGGCUUCACUCACAGCUCCACAGACAGAAGAGACAGGCAAGAGCUCUUUGCUGCUUGACACAGUCACAAGUAUACCCUCCUCCCGCACUGAAGCCACUCAGGGCUUGGACUAUGUGCCAUCAGCUGGUACCAUCUCACCCACCUCUUCACUAGAAGAAGACAAGGGCUUCAAAUCUCCACCCUAUGAGGAUUUCUCUGUGACUGGAGAAUCAGAGAAAAAAGGAGAGGCUAUAGGGAGAGGCUUGACUGGGGAGAGAGCUGUGGAAGAGGAAGAGGAAACAAAGGUAGCAACGUCUGAGAAACUUCACAGUCAAUAUGGAACUACCAUGUUUAGUGCCCCUGAGCAUGCCCUACAUCCAGGGGAGCCAGUCCUUGGAGAAGUAGAGGAGCGAUGCCUCAGCCCCGACGAUAGCACAGUGAAGAUGGCUUCUCCUCCACCAUCUGGCCCACCCAGUGCCACCCAUACACCCUUUCAUCAGUCCCCAGUGGAAGAAAAGUCUGAACCUCAAGACUUUCAAGAAGAAGAUUCCUGGGGAGACACUAAGCGUACACAAGGUAUGAGCAAGGAAGAUGCUGAAAAACAGACAGGCAAGCCAGGGCCUGAAGAAGGCAUAUUAGAUGAGAGGAAAGAACCACCUUCCAGGAGCCACCAGGCCCAGGAUGCCCCUAUCAGCAUUACUGAGGGUCAUACUGGCUGUACCAUUCAACUGUUACCAGAACAAGACAAAGCAAUAGUGUUUGAGACAAUGGAGCCAGGAAUUGGGCUCUCAGGCUCAAAUCUGGGAGCAGAAGCCCUGCCCAGAGAGUUGAGGGCAUCACUUGAAGGACCUGGUGAACCUCUGAAAGAUGAGAUGCUCCAAUUUCCUGAUAGAAGCCUCUCUCCUGAAGAUGCAGAGUCCCUGUCUGUCCUCAGUGUAGUCUCCCCAGACACUGCCAAACAAGAGGCCACUCCCAAGUCUCCCUGUGACCUGAAAGAGCAGCACCUACACAAAGGCCUUUGGCCAGAGGUAUCUCCAGAAGAUACUCAGUCACUUUCUUUCUCAGAAGAAAGUCCCAGCAAGGAGACAUCUCUGGAUAUCUCUUCAAAGCAGCUCUCUCCAGAAAACCUUGGCACCCUUCAGUUUGGGGAACUAAGCCUUGGAAAGGAAGAAAAGGGGCCUUUGAUACAGUCUGAGGACACCUCUCAUCACCUAGCUCCUAUGUAUAUUCCAGAGCCUCAUGCAGCCACAGUGUCACCUCCCACAGAUAGGACCACUGGAUACUCUGCACCGGAAGAUGUCACAGAUGAGAGCCCUGCUGGAAAAUUACCUGCCAGCUCCUUCUCUCACUCUGCCCUGUCAGAAGAUAUGAAACACUCACCUGGGGAUGUCAAAGGCCCUGGAGAACACAUUCUGACAUCUGACAGCUCCUUCACCAAGAGUCCUGAGUCUUUGCCAAGCCCUGCCAUGGAGGACCUUGCCAUGGAGUGGGAAGGUAAAGUUCCAGGGUUGAGAGACAGAACUGCAGAACAGAAGGACAAGGAAGUUGAGCUUCAGGAUGAAAUCCUACAGCAGAAGAGCCAAACUCUGCAGGAAAAGGCUGCUGUUGUAGAUCAGGACUCAGUCAUACAUCAGAAGGAUGAGGCUCUAGAAGAAGAGAACAAGGCAAUGGGACAGCAGGACAAGAAUUCAGAACAGAAAGGCAGAGAUGUAGACCAAAGGGAUGCAGCUCGAGAACAGCACAAGGCUCCAGAACCAAAAGACAGGGACUUAGAACAAAAAGAUAAGGUCUUGGAACAGAAGGACAGGAUCCCAGGAGAGAAGGACAAAGCCUUAGAACAAAAGGACACAACCCCGAAACAGGCCCCACCCCUUGAACCAAAAGACAAGGAAUCAAACCACAGAGAUUUUGAACAAAGAGACAAGCUCUUAGAACAGAAGGAUAAGACCCCAGAAAAGAAAGAUAAAACAUUAGAACAAAAAGUAUAUGACUCUGAACAGAAAGACAAAGCUCCAGAGGGCAAGAUCCCUGAACCAAAAGGCAAGACCCCAGGACAGACAGACGGAACUCCUGAACAGAAAAGUAUGGCCAAAGACCAGAAGGAUGAUGCCUUAGAAAAGGAAGACCAGGCCUUAGAGCAAAAAUACUUGGCUUUAAGAAAGAAGGAUGAAGCUCUGGAACAAGACAAGGUUGCUGAACAGAAAGAUACAGCUCUGGAAGAGGAGGACAGAACUCAAGAGCAGAAGAGCUUUUUCCAGGAAGGUAAAACCAUGAAGCCCGAAGAGACAAUCCUCGACAAAAAGUCUCCAGAAAAGGUCAAGGCUGUGGAACAGAAGGAGGAAGCUGUUCUGGAGACCAGAGUUCUGAGACUGGAAGAGAGCCCAGUGCAGGAGGGCAAGGCCCAAGAACAGACAGAGAAAUAUUGGAAGGAGCAGGACAUGGUCCAGGGAUGGCAAGAAACACCUCCAAUCAGAGGAGAGCCAGUUGGAGGACAGAAAGAGCCUAUUCCAGCAUGGGAGGGCACAUCUCCUGAGCAGGAAGUCAGGUACUGGAGGGACAGAGAUGUGAUCCUAGAGCAAGAUGCAUACUGGAGAGAGCUAAGCUGUGAAAGGAAGGUCUGGUUCCCUCAUGAGCUUGAUGGCCAGGGGGCCCAUCCACAGUACUCAGAGGAACGUGAAAGUACUUUUCUUGAUGAGGGGCCAGAUGAACAAGAGGUACGCCAUCUGCAGCACACUCCCCGGAGUCCCUGGGCCUCAGACUUCAAAGAUUUCCAGAAGCCCCUGGCACAGAAAGGGCUGGAGGUAGAACGCUGGCUUGCUGAGUCGCCAGUUGGGCUUCCACCAGAGGAAGAGGACAAGCUGACUCGCUCUCCCUUUGAGAUCAUCUCACCUCCAGCCUCCCCACCUGAGAUGGCUAGACAGAGAGUUCCUCCAGCCCCAAGACAAGAAAGCCCUAUCCGGGACACUAAGCCCAUGCCGCCCACGAGGAAUGAACCUACCACUCCUUCAUGGCUAGCUGAGAUCCCACCGUGGGUACCUAAGGACAGACCCCUGCCCCCUGCCCCCCUCUCUCCAGCCCCAGCUCCUCCCACACCUGCCCCAGAACCACAUACUCCUGUGCCCUUCUCCUGGGGUGUAGCAGAGUACGACAGUGUGGUGGCUGCAGUGCAGGAGGGGGCAGCUGAGUUGGAAGGUGGACCAUACUCCCCGCUGGGGAAGGACUAUCGCAAAGCUGAAGGGGAAAGGGAAGGAGAGGGUGGGGCUGGGGCUUCUGACAGCAGCCCCCACAGUUCAAAGGUCCCAGAGGCUGAUGAGAGCCAUGCCACCAGAGAUACUGAGCCAGAGCAGAGAGAGCCCACACCCUACCCUGAUGAGAGAAGCUUUCAGUAUGCAGACAUUUAUGAGCAGAUGAUGCUUACGGGGCUGGGCCCUGCUUGCCCCACAAGGGAGCCUCCACUGGGAGCAGCUGGAGAUUGGCCCCCACUCCUCUUAACCAAGGAGGAGGCUGCAGGCCGCAACACAUCUGCAGAAAAAGAGCUUUCCUCUCCUAUCUCACCCAAAAGCCUCCAAUCUGACACCCCAACCUUUAGCUAUGCAGCCCUGGCAGGACCCGCUGUACCUCUCAGGCAAGAGCCUGAGCCAGGGCCAAAUGUGGAGGGUAGCCUCACUCCACCUGCAGUGCCCCCCCGUGCUCCUAUCCCCCCAAGCAAAGACCUAAGCCCCACUCUUAAUGGUAAUACCCUGAGCUGCAGCCCAGAUAGGAGGACCCCAUCCCAGAAAGAAUCAGGCCAGGGUCACUGGGAUGAUAGUACCAGUGAUUCAGAACUGGAGAAGGGGGCUCAGGAACAGCCAGAGAAAGAAACUCAGUCCCCAAGUCCCCCUCGCCCAAUAUCUGUGGCCCCCCCAACAUUAUGGCCUGAAACUGAGGCACAUAUCAGCCCCUCCUCAGACUCACAAAUAGGCCCUGCCCGGCCAAGUCUGGACUUUCCUGCUUCAGCCUUUGGAUUCUCCUCCUUGCAGCCUGCUCCCCCUCAGCUGCCCUCUCCAGCUGAACCCCGCUCAGCACCCUGUGGCUCCCUUGCCUUCUCUGGGGACAGAGCUCUGGCUCUGGCUCCAGGACCCCCGACCAGAGCCCGACAUGAUGAGUACCUAGAAGUGACCAAGGCCCCCAGCCUGGAUUCCUCACUUCCCCAAUUCCCAUCACCCAGCUCUCCUGGGGCCCCUCUCCUCUCCAAUCUGCCACGACCUGCCUCACCAGCCCUGUCUGAAGGGUCCUCCUCUGAGGCUACUACACCUGUGAUUUCAAGUGUGGCUGAACACUUCCCUCUGGGCCUAGAGCCUGCAGAACAGGCUUCUGGAGAAAUGGGCACAGGAGUAGAACCAGCUGCCCACAGCCUCUGGGACCUCGCUCCUCUGAGCCCAGCACCCCCAGCUUCACUAGAUCUGGCUCCAGCUCCAAGCCUGCCUGGAGACAUGGAUGAUGGUACUCUGCCCUGCCGCUUGGAGUGCUCAGGGGAAAGCACCAAGAAGCCAAGCCCCUUCCAGAGCCCCUCUGGGGACUGUGCAUCCAAUGGGCCUACAGAAACCAGCCCCAAUCCCUCAGGCCUCGCCAUAGCCAAGGCAGAGAAAGAAGAGGCUGAGGCCUGUUCUGCUUGGGAACGAGGGUCCUGGCCUGAGGGAGUUGAGAGGAGCUCCCAGCCUGACACACUUCUCCCAUCUGAGCAGCCACUGUGUCCUGGAAAGAGCUCUGGGGGCCCACCCUGCAGUGUUUCUCCUGAAGUUGAGGCUGGACCUCAGGGAUGUGCUACCGAACCCCGGCCCCACUCUGGGGAGCUCUCCCCAUCCUUCCUGAACCCACCUCUGCCCCCAUCCACAGAUGACAGUGACCUUUCAACUGAAGAAGCUCGCCUAGUAGGAAAAGGGGGCCGGCGGAGGGCAGGAGGAGGUCCAGGGGCCACAGGAGGCCCAUGCCCUAUGGCUGAUGAGACACCCCCCACAUCAGCCAGUGACUCAGGCUCCUCACAGUCAGACUCUGAUGUCCCACCAGAAACUGAGGAGUGUCCAUCCAUCACAGCAGAAGCAGCCCUUGACUCUGAUGAAGAUGGGGACUUCUUGCCUGUGGACAAAGCUGGGGGUGUCAGUGGAACUCACCAUCCCAGACCUGGCCAUGACCCACCCCCAACCCCCCAGCCAGACCCUCGCCCAUCUCCUCCCCGACCGGACGUUUGCAUGGCUGACCCUGAGGGACUCAGCUCAGAGUCUGGGAGGGUUGAGAGACUACGGGAAAAGGAAAAGGUGCAGGGACGAGUGGGGCGCAGGGCUCCAGGCCGGGCUAAGCCAGCAUCUCCUGCACGGCGUCUGGAUCUUCGGGGAAAACGUUCACCUACCCCAGGUAAAGGGCCUGUAGAUCGAGCAUCUCGGGCCCUACCCCGACCACGCAGUACUCCAAGCCAGGUCACCCCAGCAGAGGAAAAGGAUGGACACAGCCCCAUGUCCAAAGGCUUAGUCAAUGGACUCAAAGCAGGACCCUUGGCCUUGGGUUCCAAGGGCAGUUCUGGCCCUCCUGUGUACGUGGAUCUUGCCUAUAUCCCAAAUCAUUGCAGUGGCAAGACUGCUGAUCUUGAUUUCUUCCGCCGAGUGCGUGCAUCUUACUACGUGGUUAGUGGGAAUGAUCCUGCCAAUGGUGAGCCAAGCCGGGCUGUAUUGGAUGCCCUGCUGGAGGGCAAGGCCCAGUGGGGAGAGAACCUUCAGGUGACUCUGAUUCCCACUCAUGACACGGAGGUGACUCGUGAGUGGUACCAGCAGACUCAUGAGCAACAGCAGCAACUGAACGUCCUAGUCCUGGCUAGCAGCAGCACUGUGGUUAUGCAGGAUGAGUCCUUCCCAGCCUGCAAGAUUGAGUUCUGAAAGAAACACCUUCCCUUCCCCAAGGAUCCACUCCCACAACUCCUUUAGAGAAUGGCUACUUCUGGUUUUGGGGGGUUGAGAGAGAUGGAGCUGGGUAGGGGGGAGGGGUGAUGUCAUGUUGCAAGGACUUAGGCUAACCGGGAGGUAUUGUCCUUUCCUUCAUCUGUUCCUGGGGGCCUCAAAACCAAAGGUAACAGGGAUAAAAUGGGGACAGAUACAAAAUUAGGAUAGGUCAUCUGAUGCCUGAGAACCCUGGAGUGAGUCCCUCUCCUAGCACUGCCAAAUGCUGGUAUUGGAUAAGGAGUAAGGACAGGUCUCAGUACACUCCACCCUCAAUGGCGGGAGAUAAACCCCCACCCCCCGCCCCAGGGACCUCUUUAUUUAUUUAGCAUUCCAGAAAGGAUUGUCAAUGAUGUAUAUGACCUAGAGAAGGACACUGAGAGGUGCCCAGAGCUUCUCCCUUUCCUCCAUCUCCCAUGCCCUUAGCCACCAGGGUCUGGGUUCCAGCAGGGGCCUGGGGGUUCAUGGCUGCUACACUGUACUAUUGCUUCCUUCAUUAUCUGAAUGUCUCAAUCCAAAACUUGAAGCUCUUUAGACCAAGAAUCUGAAGAGAAGAGAAAGGAGCUUAUCUCCCAGCCCCUGCUUAUCAUUCACAACCUAAGGCUGGGCCCACACUAGGUUACCUGGGCAGCACAAAAUGGCAAAGAGAGUCCCAACCCCAAUCCCAGAAUUCUUCCAAGCUCCCUGACCCACUGGAGUCUUCACCUACCCCACUCCAAUUAUCCGGAUCCCUUCUCAUCCCGCUUGGCUUCUCUGCAUGUGGUCAUCUGCUAUGGCCUGGUGUGUAAUGGGUUAAAAAUAAGCCACUGCCUGACAUCCCAACAUUUGACACUUCAGCCAUGUGACUCCCCCAACAUUCUAAUCCUCUACCAUCCUGCAGCUGAAAUGUGAAUGAUGGCUGCCUCUCUAAACCUGAACUCUUAGACAGAGGAUCUGGGAGGUGGAGGCCAGGGCAGAGAACUUGGGGAAAAUGAGAGGGAGGGGGGAAAGGGAGAAGCAGCUGAGCUUUAGCUUAACUGAGUGAAAAGAAGGCAGGCUGAACACUACUACAGGAGAGGACCUCACCCCAAGCAAGCCAGUGAGCAGCCCUGCCAGAAGACUGGACUGAGAAACUCAGACGCUGACAGUCACCGGGGCUUGCCACCUUUACCAAUCAACUGGGAAACAAAAAUGAGCUCACCUUGUGUUCUUCUUAGCUCUCCUCCCCGAGCUGUGCUCUGCUCCCCCCUGGCCCCAACUUCCCUGCUAUAGUUCCCAGCUGCUGUAACAGAGCCACCUCCAAGUCUAACAAUAAACCAAGUUCAUUGCA